GUGUAAAGCUCUUUUGGAGCGUCUGCGGGACGAUGGCGACCGAUUGGCACAACGGCAUCUGCAAGGUUGGACCUGGGUAGAGCAUCCUACAAUCGCUGGUCUAGGGUAUCUUUCGAGAACGGCUUUCCUCUCCCGCAGGCCUGGGGAUGAAGGAGAUGUCUCUCAGGUAUUAGAAGUUGAGGAAGAGGACAUGGUAGAAGAAGCCGAUGAUGCUGCUACUAUCCCGCACAGAUCGGACGGCAUCACUUCGCGCCAGUAUAUUGUCUACUCACCGACGUUUCAGGUUCCCGUGUUGUACUUCACGGUCCACGACUCCCAUGGGACACCGCUGUGUCUCGGUGACUUGAUCCAGACUUCGCUGUUUAAACCAGACUCUCUGCCUCCCUCUGAGAUCACUUCAUUCGGGCUUUCACCCGAGUCCUCCCCCUUUCCGAUGCUAUCCCAAGGCGAUCACCCUACACUGGGGACACCAUGCUGGUACUUGCAUCCGUGCGAGACGCCGAAGGCCGUCGGGGAGAUCAUGGCGGAGAUCCAGCGGCCUGAGUGGACACAGGCCGAGUAUCUCACUCAGUGGUUGAGGACAUGGUUCGCUGUACUCAGUGGUGUUGUUGACCUCCGACCGUAG